AAGUUAAUUGGUUUAAGUUUUUUGUUUUUGGAGUGAUUCUUGGCAUUGGUUCAAUUAAUUGGUUUGGUGUGGUCAAAAGUUUGGAACUUUUUUAAUUUUUGGUAUCUUGUGUGGAUUUUAGGUAUAAGCUUUCUUUCGUUUAUGGGUUUUUCUUUUAUGUCUUUGAUUUUUCUUAAUUUGGGUCCUUUUUCUCUAAUUUUUUUGCUUUUUUGUUUUUUUUUGGUUUUUAUUAAUACCAUUGUUAUUUUCACUCGGUGAGUUUCUUUUGAGGACAUUGUGCAUUGACUUGUGUUGCACUGCUUCAAGAAUCAAGAAUAAGUUGAAAAUAUAAUGUUAUAUAUGCAACAAGCUAAUGCUCAUUGAAUCCUUAAAAUUUGUUGGUGCCAAGUAAGAGGAGGUGUUUGGUACAACUCAAUUUGCAUAUUACAUUAAGUUUUAUAUCUGUUGAGAGGGAGAAUUUGGGGAUAUAGGUGCAGAAAUCCGGAAAGAUCAUUUGCCAAUCUAUGCUUUCUCAUCGUCUAAUCUGGUUGGUGGACUUAGAUGGAUGUUCCCUCUCCGGAACCAAAUAGUGAGACUCAAACUGAUCAACAUCCUUUGUUACUGGAUCUGAUGGAGAAUCACGUUAUUGACAUUACUGGAAAUGAUGAUACUUCAUCAAGCUCAUCUCAUAAUGAGCAACCCCCUAGAAUGGACUUGACUCGACAGGAGGACAGACCAUCAGGUAGUACACAUGCUCCCACUUAUCAAGCUGCUUCAUCUUCUUCAAACAGGUUAAACUCUAGGAAUUCCUCAUUUAUGAGAAGAGGUGAUGGACAUGGUCGCCGAAGAAGCCCGUUGAAUACUGGCCUAUGGAUUUCUGUUGAGUUAGUUGUCACGGUUAGUCAAAUAAUAGCUUCUAUUGUUGUUUUGUCAUUGUCAAGAAAUGAAAAUCCACAAGCCCCAUUGUUUGCAUGGGUUGUGGGUUAUGCAUCUGGGUGUGUUGCAACACUCCCUAUUCUUUACUGGCGUUAUCGCAAUCGCAACCGUAGUAAUGAGCAUGAUUCCACUCAACCUCGUCAAGGCUCUUCUCAAAAUAAUCCUCCUGAGUUAACGUCUUACACAGCUAUCUCAGUAACUCAAGCAUCAGAUGAGGACAAUCACCCCUCAGGAACCAGGAACAACCAAAUUGCAGGUUCCUUAAGUGUGCGACUUAAUGGCUUAGUGGACCAUUUCAAGAUGGCAUUAGAUUGCUUUUUUGCUGUGUGGUUUGUUGUGGGCAAUGUGUGGAUUUUUGGAGGUCACUCUUCUCCCUCUGAUGCUCCUAAAUUGUAUAGGUUAUGCAUAGUGUUUCUUACCUUUAGCUGCAUUGGGUAUGCCAUGCCAUUUAUACUUUGUGCGACAAUUUGUUGCUGCUUGCCUUGCAUAAUUUCCAUCCUGGGCUUUCGCGAGGAUCUUUCUCAAACUAGAGGAGCCACUGUGGAAUCUAUAAAUGCUUUACCAACCUACAAAUUUAAGGUAAAGAAAACUAGAAAUGUAAAUGGUGAGGACAAUGAUAACGGAGUAAGCGAAGGUGGGAUCUUGGCUGCUGGGACAGAAAAGGAGCGUAUAAUUUCAGGAGAAGAUGCGGUUUGUUGUAUUUGCUUGGCAAAAUAUGCGGACAAUGAUGAGCUAAGGGAGCUACCAUGUUUUCAUGUCUUCCAUGUUGAAUGCGUGGACAAAUGGUUGAAAAUCAAUGCGUCAUGCCCCCUCUGUAAAAAUGAGGUUGGUGAGGGAGGCAGUGCUUCACCAACAGCUAGAGACUCCAGCCAGCAAUAGGGAGAAGGGAGGAUGGAAUGGGUCCAGCUAAAGGUGAUGCAUGAACAUAUGAGAAACACUGAUUUUAUUAUCCCCCUGAAUUCUAAGGUUCCUGCAAACUAGAGGUGGAUAUGGCAGAUUCAAAUCACCAGUCAUCAAUAUCGUUUGGCAGAGAUGGAGCUGAGACUGCUCUCUCGGAUGAUUCGGACCCAAAAUUGAAGAGGGAUAUUCGGAUCAAUAUUUGUAUUUAACUUUAUAUAUAAUAUUUGCAAGUCCCUCCCCACCCUCCCCCACCAAAACCCACAUUUUGACAUAAAUGAAGCCUUGUGUAAAUGGAUAAAAAAAUUUCUCAGUUUCCUCGUCUUUGAUGAACUAGAUUGGUGAAGAUGUCCCAAUAUAUUUAUAUACAUAUAUAUUUGCACAAAAUACCUUAUAAUAUAUCAACUAGAUUGAAUGCCAGGA